UCAACCGAAUAAAGAGUAGAUUUUUAGACCAAAACACAAAUUUUGCAAAUAUUAGAGUUGAACCCAGCCACCUCACCUUGGGAGUCGAGUUGAAUAUCCCAAAAUAAUAAUUAAUUAAUAAAUAAAUGUUUAGGGGAAUAAAAGGAAUGGAUCGAUGGAUGGUGUGAUGAUGGCGAAGAAGAUGAAUUGACGAGAGAUCGUUGAUUUAGAGGAAGAAGAAGAAGAUAUAAAAGCUGAAAAGGGUGUUUGUGUUUGUUUGUGUGUGUGUUUUUCGGUUGGGCCAUCUUGUCCAUCUAUCAAAAAUUCCCAUCCCACAACUAAAUUUUCUUUAUUUAUCUUCUUCCUCUCCCGUCUUUGGCUCGACCAUCCAUCCAAAAGAAAGAGGGUUUCUUGUGUUGCGUUGUGUUGUGUUGUGAUAGGAAGAGGGAAGAUGAUGAUGACAACAAUGGAGGGGAUGAUGGACAAGGCCGUCUUGGAUGACGUCAUUCGGAGGCUUCUCGAAGGGAAAGGAGGCAAACAGGUUCAGCUCUCUGAGUCCGAGAUCCGUCAACUCUGCGUCAAUGCCCGACAAAUCUUCCUCUCUCAGCCAAUUCUUCUCGAGCUCCGUGCCCCCAUCCGCAUCGGCGGUGAUAUACAUGGUCAGUACCAGGACUUACUGAGGCUUUUUGAAUAUGGUGGCUACCCUCCUGCGGCAAACUACUUGUUUCUGGGGGAUUAUGUGGACAGAGGGAAGCAAAGUUUGGAGACAAUUUGUUUGCUUUUGGCCUACAAAAUAAGAUAUCCAGACAAAAUUCAUCUCUUGAGGGGAAACCAUGAAGAAGCGAAGAUUAACCGUAUAUAUGGUUUUUAUGAUGAAUGUAAAAGGAGGUUCAAUGUAAGGCUAUGGAAGAUAUUCACCGAUUGCUUUAACUGUUUGCCGGUGGCUGCUCUCAUUGAUGAGAAAAUACUUUGUAUGCAUGGUGGACUCUCUCCAGAAUUAGAAAAUUUAGAUCUGAUAAGAGAGAUUCAAAGGCCUACUGAAAUUCCAGAUAGUGGUCUCCUUUGUGAUCUGCUUUGGUCUGAUCCUGAUGCUAGCAUUGAGGGUUGGGCCGAGAGUGACCGAGGCGUUUCAUGUACCUUUGGACCUGAUGUACUUAUGGAGUUCUUGGAUAAAAAUGACCUUGAUCUUGUUUGCAGGGGGCAUCAGGUUGUGGAGGAUGGAUAUGAGUUUUUUGCUAAAAGAAGAUUAGUGACGAUAUUUUCUGCUCCGAAUUAUGGUGGAGAAUUUGACAAUGCUGGUGCGUUGUUAAGCGUUGAUGAUUCUCUUGUAUGUUCCUUUGAGAUAUUGAAACCCGCUGAUAGAGCAUCAGGAAGUAGUUCUUCGAAAAUGAAUUUUAAGAAGCAGCCACCCAAACUGGGAAAGAUCUAGUAAUUGGCAAAGAUUUUCGGUUCAAAUAGGAAUCCAAUCCAGCUAACUCAACUCGUACGGAGUUGAAAUUGUCAAGUAGGAGUUUGGCAUGGGAGAGCCUUAUUAAUUACAGAUUGCCAAUGAUAGUAUAUUGUAAACUGAACCACCCAGGCAUUCUUCUGUGCAGAGGCAGAUAUUAUUGCUUUAUACACCAGUUGGUUGCUUGUGAUUGGCAAAAUUAGCAUGUAAUUUGUGAAUGCAAAGAGAUUUCUGUUACCAAAUGCGUAAAUUUCUAUGCCAUUUAUCUCAAUCACUUCUCAGGAA